AUGGCAGAGCUGGUCCCCCUGGCCGAGGAGCUGUCGUGCUCCAUCUGCCUGGAGCCCUUCAAGGUGCCGGUCACCACCCCGUGCGGCCACAACUUCUGCGGCUCGUGCCUGGACGAGACGUGGGCCGUUCAGGGCCCGCCGUAUCUGUGCCCGCAGUGCCGCGCCGUCUACCACGCGCGGCCGCAGCUGCGCAAGAACACGGUGCUGUGCGCGGUGGUGGAGCAGUUCCUGCAGGCCGAGCAGGCCUGGGCGGUGCCCCCGCCCCCCGACGGCUGGAAGCCGCCCGCCCGCGCCGCCGCGCCCAGCCCGGCGGACCCGGUGGCCUGCGACCACUGCCUGAAGGAGCCCGCCGUCAAGACGUGCCUGGUGUGCAUGGCCUCCUUCUGCCAGGAGCACCUAAAGCCGCACCUCGACAGCCCCGCCUUCCGGGACCACCAGCUGCAGUCCCCCGUCCGGGACCUGAUGCGCCGCAAGUGCCCCCAGCACAACCGGCUGCGGGACUUCUUCUGCCCCCAGCAUGACGAGUGCAUCUGCCACAUCUGCCUGGUGGAGCACAAGGCCUGCUCGCCUGCGUCCCUGAGCCAGGCCAGUGCCGACCUGGAGACCAAGCUGAAGCAUAAGCUGACUGUCAUCUACAGCCAGAUCAACGGUGCCUCGAGGGCGCUUGAGGACGUGCGAUCCAGGCAGCAGGAUGUGCGGAAAGGGAUAAAACUGCAAGGUGUCUCCACAAAGCCAGUCUACGUCCCCAAGGUGGAGCUGAAUCAGGAGCUGAUAAAGGGUGUCUGUCAGGGCACCUCAGACCUCAAAGACGAGCUGAAGCGGUAUAUCAGGCAGUCCCAGGACAAGAAGCCCGAGGAACCCACUGGCUCAGGGAACCCUGGAGAGCAUGGCCCAGCAUCUACGCCCAAACCCAUACACUUUUCGAAAAAGUUCCUGAAAGAAGAAAAGAGACCCAAGAAACCUUCCCCUGCCUCUGCCUCAACCACCAAGAUGCCCACCUUCGGAGCCCCGGAGCAGUUGCAGGAUCUAAAGCAGCCCGGCCUGGAGAGUGUAGGCAAAGCCACCACCGCGCAGCCGAAUGCGGCGGCCCUCAAGGCCAAGGUGCUGGAGACCUUCUUAGCCAAGUCCAGGCCCGAGCUCCUGGAGUAUGCCAUUAAAUUCAGCCUGGACUACAACACCGCCCACAACAAGGUGGCACUGUCGGAGAACUACACAGUCGCCUCUGUGGCCGACGCAUCCCUGAACUACCAGCCCCAUCCCAAGAGGUUCGUGUACUGCUCUCAGGUUCUGGGCCUGCACUGCUACAAGAAAGGGAUCCACUACUGGGAGGUGGAGCUGCAGAAGAGCCACUUCUGUGGGGUGGGCAUCUGCUACGGCAGCAUGCCACGCCAGGGCCCCGAGAGCCGGCUCGGCCGCAACAGCGCCUCGUGGUGCGUGGAGUGGUUCAACACCAAGAUCUCUGCAUGGCACAACAACGUGGAGAAGACGCUGCCCUCCACCAAGGCCACGCGGGUCGGUGUGCUUCUCAACUGUGACCAUGGCUUCGUCAUCUUCUUUGCUAUCGCCGACAAGGUCCACCUGAUGUAUAAGUUCAAGGUGGACUUCACAGAAGCCGUGUACCCGGCCUUCUGGGUGUUCUCUGCCGGUGCCAUGCUCUCCAUCUGCUCCUACAAGUAG